AUGUAUUCCGCAGCAGUGCUCGCAACUUUCUCCUUCCUUCUCGGCGCCGGCGCUCAACAAGUUGGAACUUCAACCCCCGAAACUCACCCCGCCUUGACCAUUCAAAAAUGUGCCGCUGGUGGAACAUGUACCGAUGAAGCCGAUAGCAUCGUUCUCGAUGCCAACUGGAGAUGGCUCCACUCCACUUCCGGAUCUACCAACUGUUAUACUGGUAACACCUGGGAUGCCACUCUUUGCCCAGAUACCGCUACCUGUACCGCCAACUGUGCUCUUGAUGGUGCAGAUUACGAGGGAACUUAUGGUAUCACUACAAGUGGUGACUCCUUGAAGCUUAGCUUCGUCACUGGAAGCAACGUUGGUUCUCGAACCUACCUCAUGGACUCUGAGACUACCUACAAAGAGUUUGCUCUUUUGGGUAACGAGUUCACCUUCACCGUCGAUGUUUCCAAGCUUCCUUGCGGUCUUAACGGUGCUCUUUACUUCGUUCCAAUGGACGCUGACGGAGGAAUGUCCAAAUACUCCACCAACAAAGCAGGUGCCAAGUACGGUACCGGUUAUUGCGAUGCUCAAUGUCCUCGAGACAUGAAAUUCGUCAACGGUACUGCCAACGUUGAGGGAUGGGUCCCAGAUAGCAAUAGUGCUAACUCUGGAACUGGUAAUAUCGGAUCAUGCUGCUCAGAGUUCGAUGUCUGGGAAGCCAACUCCAUGGCCCAAGCUCUUACCCCUCACGUCUGCACUGUCGAUUCUCAAACCGCUUGCACUGGAGCUGACUGUGUCUCAAAUACUGGUGUAUGUGAUGGAGAUGGAUGUGAUUUCAACCCAUACAGAAUGGGUAACACCACCUUCUAUGGAAGUGGAAUGACCAUUGAUACCACCAAGCCUUUCUCCGUUGUCACUCAAUUUAUCACUGAUGAUGGAACUGAGACUGGUACUCUUACUGAGAUCAAGCGUUUCUACGUUCAAGGUGAUGUCGUCCAUGAACAACCAAGCUCUGACAUCUCUGGUGUUUCUGGUAACUCUAUUACCGAUGACUUCUGCGCUGCUCAAAAGACUGCUUUCGGUGACACCGAUUACUUCACCAAGAAUGGUGGUAUGGCUGCUAUGGGUAAGAAGAUGGCUGAUGGUAUGGUUCUUGUUCUCUCCAUCUGGGAUGAUUACAAUGUAAACAUGCUCUGGCUCGACUCUGAUUACCCAACCGACAAGGAUGCUUCUACUCCAGGUGUUUCUCGUGGAUCUUGCGCCACUUCAUCUGGAGUUCCUGCUACCGUUGAGGCUAGUUCUGGAAGUGCCUAUGUCACUUUCUCUAGCAUCAAGUACGGACCAAUUGGAUCUACUUUCAAGGCCCCAGCCGAUAGUUCUUCUGUUAGCCCAGUUUCAAGUGCUAUUGCCCCAAGCUCAAGGCCAAGCACUAUUGCCUCAAGCUCUAUUGCACCGGUUGCCGCCGUCAUUUCGAGUUCCGCCAAAGCCGUUUCCAGCUCCAUUCCAUCCGUCGCUAGCUCUGUCAAAGCUAUUUCCAGCGCUGCUCCAAUUGCUUCUAGUGCCGCCCCAAUCGUUUCUAGUGCCGCUAUUUCCACCAAGUCCAAGUGUAGCAAGGUUAGCGCUACUAGCACUCUUAAGACUUCUGUCGCCGCUGCUCCAGUUACUAGUAGUGUUGCUGCUACUAGCUCCGCUUCUUCAUCAACUGGUUCCGUUCCCUUGUACGGUAACUGCACUGGUGGAAAGACCUGCUCUGAGGGUACAUGUGUCGUUCAAAAUGACUACUACUCUCAAUGUGUUGCUUCUUCUUAA